AUGUGGCAACUCCAAAGGGUAUUUGGAAAGCGCAUUCUGAACAGGGGUACCCCUGCAUUUAGAGCAUGUCUCUACGGCCCAGAAGCAAAUUUUCUUUCUAGAAAGUACACUAUAUUACCCCGACGGUACUCAAAAGCUUCCGGUGUCUCACAACACUGGCCCGUUGAUUUCGUCCCAACCCGCCUGAAACUGAAAUCGCAUCCACUAGGAUGGGAGGUCCUUCAGAAGAGAGUGGAACCAUAUUUUGCGCAAAACUGGACAUUUGAAAGUGAGAGAGAGAAAGCAGGGUUUUUUGCCCUGGGGUUCUCUCGUGCUCUGAGUGAAUGGUUUCCACUCAUGUUGGACGAUCGCGCUGAAUUGACGGGGAAGAUGCACUACCUGGCUCUACUGGUCGAUGACCAACUUGAAAAAAUGGAAAUGUCAAACUUACUGCAGUACCGAGAGCGAGUAAUGGCAAUAGCACGCGGAAAAUCAUCUCCCAAUAAAGAGUCAUGUUUGGAAUGGAUGCUACAUGAAACACUGAAUUCUAUGCGAAGCAUCGACGAGUCGCUAGCGAAUGACGUUGUUGAGGGGUUUUGUACCCUUCUUCAGGGCCAAACAACUGAGAAUCGCCUGACAGUGAAACAUUUGGGUCCCUAUCUUAAAUAUAGAGAGGUCGACGUGGGAAGACCAUUUUAUCCGACUCUUAUUCGAUUUGGUGCGAAUUUGCAUCUAACUCCAACUGAAAUUGAACAGGCUUCUGCUCUUGAAAGUUGCGCUUUUAGGUUCAUUGGUACUUUCAAUGAUGUCUAUAGCUGGGAAAAAGAAUGGAAGACCUACCAAGAGAACAAGACUGACGGAGCGCAUCCAUUCUCUGCAAUCUUCAUACUCGCUAAAGAGACGGGCUUAUCAUACUCAGCUUGCAAGAGAAUGAUGCUCGUUUACUGCCGGGAACUGGAGCUAGCCUUCAAACAGUCCGAGGAGGAUAUAAGCCAGAAUAGCCCGCCCCUCCGACCAGAUAUGAUCAAAUACAUGAGGGGCCUGGAGUAUCUAAUGAGUGGAGUUGAAUCGUGGACGAAAUGGACACCGCGGUAUCGAACAUAG